GUGUGACGGUUCAUGGAUCUUUAUAGUGUGUCAUUGUGAGAAAUAUUUUCAAAGUCAACAUCACUUGAGAAAUGGGAGGACACAAAUCACCAUCCAUCUUGGUAAAUUACAGGAUGUAAAUUAGAUAUAAAUAUGUCCAAGUCUACUAGGGUGAUAAAUAAAUGUGAGACAACUGCACACAUCUCUGUUGGGUCUGUUGUUGUUUUUUUUAACACAAGGGUUGUUAAGAGAGAAUAUGGAUUAAAUAAGUGGUUGGUGGUGGCUUGCAUUUAGUCAAACCAUCCAGGGAAACAAAUUAGUCCAUAAGAGAAUCGGAGCUUUGAUAGUAUUAUAAUUCAAAAGAGGAGUUCUGCAAAGAACAGGGAGGGCGGAAGGAGAAGGAAGAGAGGGUGGAAGAAGGAUGAAGUCCCACAGGACUCCUCCCAGGUUUGAGCCUAGGAGGACAGGCAACGCUUUCAUCGUCGCUACCAUGCUUCUUUCCCUCUGCAUCCUCUCUCUCAUCAAGGCUCGCUAUUGCUCUGUUCCCAAUGCAAAGUCACAGGCAUUAGCAGAAUUAGAACCCACGGAGGUUUCAGGCAUGGUAACACUGAAGGGAGGCGAAGCUGCUCUACCAGAGGACGAAGAAGAUGAAGGGAAUACAAUAACUUCCCAAAAGAUUGUUGCAGAAAAGGCUGCAAUCGACUUGAGCAAGCCAAUUUGCUCCGAAACAAGCAAGAGAUCAAACGUAUGUGAAGCGGACGGUGACAUAAGAUUGCAAGGAAGCUCCCACACCAUACUCCUACACCCUUCUUCGACAGAUCGAGAAUGGAAGACCAAACCUUAUUGCAGAAAGCAUGACCCCCCAGCCAUGAAGAAUAUUAAGGAAUGGACAAUAAAGCCUUUCCCCAUCAGUGAGCCACCCCCUCAGUGCACCGUGAACUACACGGUCCCAGCGCUGGUCUUCUCCAUCGGAGGAUUCACCGGCAACCUCUUCCAUGACUUCACCGACGUCAUUGUCCCUCUCUUCAUAUCCUCCUACCAAUUCCGUGGCGAAGUCCAGUUUGUGGUAGCCGACAUAAAGCCAUGGUGGGUGAGCAAAUUCAUCUUAAUUCUCAAACAGCUCUCCAACUACGACAUCAUCGACGCGAACAACGACGACCAGGAGGCGGUGCGCUGCUUCCCUCGCGUGAUCGUGGGGCUGAGCUUCCACAAAGAGCUCGGCGUCGACGAGUCAAAGACUCCGACUAGUUACUCCAUCGUGGACUUCAAGGCGAUGCUGAGGAAGGCGUACGGGUUGGAGAGGCCGACAGCAGCGCCGUCGGGGGACCCGUGGGACAUAAGGAGGAAGCCCAGGAUGCUGAUCAUAUCACGCAAGAAGACCAGGGCGUUCCUGAACGAGAGGGGGAUGACGGACAUGGCCAUGAGCUUGGGGUUCGACGUGCGGGUGGCUGAACCCGACAUAACCACGGACCUCGCCAAGUUUGCUAGAUUGGUGAAUUCCGCCGACGUGAUGAUCGGGGUGCACGGCGCAGGGCUGACCAACAUGGUGUUCCUCCCGGAGGGGGCGGUGCUCAUCCAGGUGGUGCCCAUGGGCGGCCUGGAUUGGCUUGCAAGGGACACCUUCGGGCAGCCGUCGCCGGACAUGCAGAUUAAGUACAUGGAUUACCGCAUCCAGGCAGAUGAGAGCACAUUGAGUGAUCAGUACCCAGCGGAUCACCCUGUGCUGAAGGAUCCCUAUUCCAUCCACAAGCAAGGCUGGAAUGCACUCAGCAAGACGUACUUGGACAACCAGAAUGUGAGGCCUCACCUGGGUAGGCUGAGGAACACUCUGAUGGACGCCCUCAAACACCUGCCUCACGGCCGCAAAGAGGCUUGAGCAGUGGUUUGUAGUUGCAGUAGCUUUUCCUUCUUUCUUCUUCAUCUUCUUUCAUUUUUGUUACAUUCAUUUUUUUUUCUUCUUUUGCUUUUGUUGUAUGAAAAGUUCACAUAAGUGUGUCUCUGGGUUGGGACGGUGGUAUAUGAAAUCCACACAAUGUAAUUACUCAUAUUGGGAAAUAUAGGAUCAAACAAUCUCGGAGAAUAAGAAUUUGCAGUUUGCAACA